UACCCCCCUCUCCUUCGUGUCGCGUAUUUGGGCAUGGCCCAUUAUCUCGCGUGAGCUACCCGACUGCUUCGUCCUACCCUGUAUCCUUCCUCUCCUUCCCAUCUUUUUCCCCUUCCUUCUGUCGCCUUCGCAUCUCUCCCCGCACCGCCGCCGAUUGCUUCUUCGUUUGCAUUGAUUCCGCGCGUUGGCUUCUUCUUCGUUUGGAUCGAUUCCCCGCGGCGGCUUCUUCUUGGUCUCCCUUGUUUUUCCGGUUGGAACCCUAGGCGGAGGCCGGCGCUAGGGUUUGGAUCGAACCCUAGCCGGAGAUCGCCAUGGAUCCAGAUGUACCAGAUGGUAUUCAAGAUGCGCAAGACGAAUAUAUACAACAGGUGGAUGCAAAUGGUCUUCAUGAUGACCAAGGCGCACAAGAACGAGGCCAAGUUGAACAACCAGAAGGGGACGAACCAUUUCAACAUAUUCCAAGAGGUCUUCGCAAUGACUCAGGUGCCCGAGUGUUCCCUAGGAAGUUGUGCAAGCCUACAUACAUUACCAGACUGUCUUUCAAGCGUUGGAACAAAACUGUUAAGAAGUUUAGUGACAUUCAGCUAGGUCAUGUGACAAAGUACAAAAUGGAAGCUCUGCUUCAUAUGCCAAACAAACUUAAAAUUCCAAUGAAUCUGCUUGAAUGGAUAGAUCAGCAUAUGUUUGGAAGUAAAGAGCCAUGUUUCAAGCAUAAGAAUAAAGUUAUCAAGAUUACUAAUGAUAUGGUCAACAAAAUUUUCGAUUUCCCUGGUGGCACCGAGCCUUUUAUAUUCAGUAGUGAUGAUCCCCAAGUGAAGGCAGAGGUUUUAGAGUUAAGGAACAAGUAUGUUGAUCAUCGGAACAAAAUGCCAAUCAACAAAAUAGAGGAGGUGAUGCUUAGUGACGAGACAGAAGAUGGUUUUAUCAGGAGCUUCACAUUUUAUUUCCUAUCAUCUAUCUUGUGCCCUGCAUCAUACUGCUUUGGCAACAUGAAGUUCUUGUACUCUCUAAGAGAUGUUUCUGCUAUCCCUUCACUUGACUUUGGGAAAUUGGCACUGGAUUUCAUGCGUGAGGAAUUAGAGCGUCACUUUGAAAUGAUCAUGAACAGGCCAACUAUUGAGGAAAUGAACAAGUCUUCAUAUAUUAGGGGAUGUCUUCCUAUUUGGGGAAUCAUUUAUCUGGAUUUUGUUGAUUUUGAUUUUAUUGAGAAUCACCAGUCAACUGUGGAUUACUCUCUUCCUCGGAUAUCUCAUGUGAAGACUGAAGAUUUCAAGUAUCUUGCAAUGGUUGAUAGGAAUUAUGAGUCUAGGAAAAAUUACGGGGUUUUACCGCUGCGCAACAUAUCACGCACCCCAUAUGCCAAUGAGGCGCCUAUUAAUAAUGCUCCUGAUGCUGCUGGUGUGUUUAAUUCAGUUCCUUAUGCGGAGGUCAACAAUGCCAAUAGUGUUGCGAAGUUCUAAAUGAGAACACGUCAAUUGAUUCAAAAUGUCCACAAAUCAUUCCAGAAGGUCCCAGUUGCGCUGCAAAAGUUGAACCAGACGUAAAAGUGAAACCAGAGCCACAUUUGAAAUCAUAGGUAGUUUUUUGUGUUGUUCCCUUUUUACGUUCUUAUCUAAGUGCUUUCUUGAAAGAAUUGUCCUGUUUACUAACAUUUUUACAAUCCAGGGUCCCUCCAAUGAUGUCUUUAAGCAGGAGCCAAUCGGACCAAAUUUAAGCUACUUUUUUUGUAUUUGCUCUUUUUAUGUGUGCGUGUGCUAUCUUUGUUUAUCUCAUUCUUUUCAUUCUUUGGCCUGAUUUAUGUGUCUUUCCUUAUAACCAGAACUUGUCUGUCUUGAAUUCUAUGCACCAAACACCAAUUUUCCUGGAAUAGUAUAACUUUUAAGGUUAUUUCAGAGAGCUCAAGAUUUUGCACUUGUGCUUAGCUUAUUGUGCGCUAUGGCUAUUCGGGUCAAGUAGAACUUGUUCUAAGCAUAUUUGUCUUUGCUCAUUAUCUCAGUCUGUUUUGUAAAUAGCCAAUUUGAAUGCGGCAGGACUAUAUAUUAUAGAUUAAGUGGAUAAGUUGUGUAGUAAUGAUUGCAACUGAAUUUUACUAUAGAUUUUUUGGUAAUUUGAUAAUACCAUUUUUUCACUCUAUUUUAUGACUGAUCAUGACCAGCAGUUUUAAUACUGGAUUCACAAGUAAACUGGUGUGGAACCUUUCUAUUUGAAAUUAAUGUUGCAUGUAGCUUAUAGUACUUCUAGCUAGUUAACUUGUUAUCUGAAUUCUGCGUUUUUCCUUAUGUCCAAAACAUUUCGGUCCUGAAUUCGGUGUACCAAACACCAAUUUUCCCUGUUCAUGAUACACCUCUGAAUACCAACUCUGUUGAUUAAGCAACUACUUCACAACCUACGGUCUGCUUGAAGUUUUACAAAAAAAAUCCUGAUCAUAAUUUUGAUUGAACUUACAACAACAUUUCAACUUCCUUUCUCAGCAGGAAGGAGUCUUUGUAUCGACUAAAGCAGCUGAUAUCAAUUUUUCUGGUGGAGUUAAUGCAAAAAGAAGUUUUAUAUUGAUUAGUUCUACUUCUCCAAAUGAAAGAGUCAAGCGCUUCCAAGGGACUCCAAUCAGUAUUGAGGAUGAUUCUCCUAUCACUCCUGCUCCUGUGAGUAAUGAAGACAUACCAGCCUCUCACUGUCAUACAAGUGAGGGAAUUCCAAUGAACGUGGACUUUGCUGACCAACAAGACCAUUCUACAAUGAAUAAUGCAGAAGCUGGACCAAGUACAGGACCUAAUACAAUUGAAAAGAAGAACAGAAAAAAAGAGCAGCUAAACUUCAAUCUCCUGAUCCACCCAAGAAACUCAAAAUAUCUCGAGAAGUGGAUAUGU